AAGUGCAGUAAUCUGAGGAUGCCGAUAUCUGUAAAGCCAACAAGUCUGUUUAUUUAAAAUGUCUGUGUUGAUUAAAAAAAUUUGUAAUUAUCCUUUGGGAGCUUGGGUACGCCAUCUGGAAACCGCUGCCCAUACCAUAAAGACUUACGAGGAAAUCAGGGAAAAACGGGCACAAGCAUGGAUGGGGGGAGGCAAGGAAAAAGUUGACAUUCAACACAAAAAGGGAAAACUAACAGCCAGAGAACGAAUCCACCUUUUCUGCGACGAUGACACUUUUGUAGAAUACGACAUGUUCGUCGAACACACCUGCGUAGACUUCGGAAUGGACAAAAGAAAAUUUCCUGGAGACUCGGUAGUUACUGGGCAUGGACUAGUAAAUGGACGUCCGGUCUUCUUAUUUAGUCAGGACGCAACGGUAUUUGGAGGUUCUUUAUCCAGCGUCCAUGCCAGGAAAAUCUGCAAAAUCAUGGAUCAAGCGAUUUCAGUCGGAGCUCCAGUGGUCGGACUUAAUGAUUCUGGUGGCGCUAGAAUCCAGGAGGGGGUCGAUUCUUUGGCUGGGUAUGCGGAUAUAUUUCAGAAGAACGUAUUAGCAUCUGGAGUCAUACCACAAAUCUCGUUGAUCAUGGGACCUUGCGCAGGUGGUGCAGUCUACUCUCCGGCAAUAACAGAUUUCACUUUUAUGGUUCAAGAUACGUCUUGCCUGUUCAUAACUGGUCCUGAAGUUAUUAAGUCAGUAACCAACGAAGACGUAACAUCUCAACAGUUAGGCGGUUCUAAAGUUCAUACAGAAAUAUCAGGAGUGGCCCACAGAUCUUUUGAGAAUGAUAUUGACGCUUUGAUACAGUUAAGGAAUUUUAUGGGGUUUCUUCCGCAAUCCAAUAGCAGCCCAGUGCCCAUAAGACCAUGUGAAGAUCCAUGGAACACCGAUGUUCCCAUAUUAGAGACUAUCGUUCCUCCUAUUGCCACUGCACCAUAUGACAUGAUGGAAGUGAUCAAGGCAAUUGUGGAUGAGAGAGAAUUCUUUGAAAUUAUGCCCAAAUAUGCUGAGAAUAUCAUUGUGGGUUUUGCCAGAAUGAAUGGGAGGACUGUCGGAAUCGUUGCCAAUCAACCUAAAGUAGCUGCAGGUUGUCUGGAUAUAAACGCCUCAGUAAAAGCAGCCAGAUUCGUACGAUUCUGUGACGCCUUCAACAUCUCUCUGAUCACUCUUGUAGAUGUUCCAGGAUUCCUUCCUGGAGUCCAACAGGAGCAUCAGGGUACUAUAAGACACGGCGCAAAACUUCUGUUUGCUUACGCCGAAGCGACCGUACCAAAAAUAACCGUUAUUACCAGAAAAGCGUAUGGAGGUGCUUACAUAACCUCCUCCUCAAAACAUUUGAGGAGUGACGUGAAUUACGCUUGGCCGUCCGCAGAGGUGGCCGUGAUGGGAGCGAAGAGUGCCGCUUCAGUUUUGUAUAAGGGUAAAGAGCGAGUGGAGGAAUUGGAACAGGAAUAUAUCAAGAAGUUUUCAAGUCCUCUUCCGGCUGCACAAAAAGGGUUCGUCGAUGACAUUAUUGAACCGAAGACUACCAGGUGGAGGCUGUGUAGAGAUUUGGAACUUCUUUCUAGUAAAAAGCUUGAGAACCCACCUAAAAAGCAUGGAAAUAUGCCCUUAUAACAUGUUUUGUACAUUGAUACUUAUGAAGUAUACGGACUGUAAAUUUAAA